AUGUCGUCACUAUCCCCAGAUGCCAGUAUUGAACAGGUGAAGAAAAGGAUCUUGCACACCCUAGCCUCCGCUGGACAAGAGGCUGUGUUAUUGGAGCAGGUCCAGCAGGGGCUCCAGGCGGACCCAAAGAUCGUUUCCUCCGCCCUUAGGGAGUUGCUUGAGAGCCGCCAGGUGAGGCUCGGUCGGGGGAACGGCGCGGCGGGCCCUGGGGGCGCCACGGACACACGCGCCUACCUCUCCUUGGUGAACAACCUCAGUGAGAGUGUCUCCCUCGUACUCGGGAUGAUACGCGCCAGCGGUAGCACCGGGGUGGAUCAGGCCCAAAUCGCCUCUAGGCUUCGAAUGAGCCGGAUGGACGUCCUCAAAGCAUUGCAAACGCUUCUCGCCCAUAAGCAUAUACAGGAGCGGCGAUCGUUUGCCAACCGCGCCAAGCGUAUUUACCUGAUGUUUCACAUCGAACCUUCCGAGGGCGUGACGGGAGGAACGCUCUACUGUGGCGAGGAGUUAGAUGUGGCCUACGUGGAUGAGCUUCGGCGGCGUAUGGUCGCGUACGUCUUCCAGAAGCGCUCCGCGACAAUGGAGGAGAUUAUUCACUUUGUUGAGGGCGAAACCACCGUCGGACAGAGCCACCAGAUCAACAGUGGAACUCCCGAAAGCCCAAUCACCCUCAUUGAGUCUCGUCACCACAAUUCCAGCCCUUCUUCGGCACCGCCGGUGAUGACAGACCGGCACAUCUCCCCACGCGAUGUGGAGAUAUUGGUCCAGUCCUUGGUUUUAGACGGUGUAUUCGAUGAUGCUCGGGCUACUUUGGAUGCAGCCCCGGUCUAUCGGUUGGCUACCGGCCAUAACGUCAUUCGCCACUUUACCUGUGUUCGGAAGCACCCCUCAAGGCGAGACAAGAGGCAACGUCAAGAGAUCAGCAAAGGGGUCAAGCGUGAGGAAGACAGCUCCAACGACUCGGCGAUCCCUUUUAGACGUUCCUACAGACUGGGUGAUGAUGUGGCAACGAAUGUAGAAUUAUAUUCACGGAUGAGUGAAGAAUGCGAGUGGGAGCCGGCGUGUGUGUCGCGGCCCUCGGCGGGGCUUACUUCUGAACCCAUUCAUUAUAGCAGUGGUGACGAAGAUAUCGGCCGUGGCGCACCGGAUGAUGGUUGUGGCGCUACAACCGGAUGGGCUUACAUGCCAGCAAUAGGGUUUCCCUGCUUAGGGUGUCCACAGCUGUCCAAUUGUUCCGUAUCUGAGAAUGGAUUACUAGAUCCGAAACAAUGUUUUUAUCUUCGUGAAUGGUUAAACUAA